AUGCAUGGACUUACGCCCGUCGGUUCAGAUGCGGUCGCCGCAACGUCCACUGGCGCGCAGAAAGAAAUGAAGCGCGGAUAUCAGCCAGAAUCCCGAACUAUGUGGUUCCACCUCCAGACCAUGUACAUCUUUACCAAAGGCGACUUCAAAUCUGUAGUCAUGCCACAGAGCGUCUUCGCCAUCGCUGCAGCGAUCGCUAGGUCGGAUCUGGGAACGGCGGCAACUGAUCAUCAGUUCGGCAUCAGUCAUAUUGCCUGGCGGCUUUCACUAAUGGUAUCCUGGCUCUGGAUCCAUCUCUUGAUCGAAGACAUCUCAAACCAGCGUCUACCCGGAUCCGUGGUAGAAGACUCGGUCAACAAGUCCUGGCGACCCAUGCCGUCGGGACGGCUCACCUUUGGUGAAUCACAGCAGAUAUUGAGGUUCCUUGUGGUAUUUGCAGCCAUCGCGAGUCUCCUAUUGGGCUGCUUCGAGCCCAGUCUACUGAUGCUGGUCUUGAUCUGGUUGUAUAACGAUCUUGACGGCGGCAACGCUAGUCCAUGGCAACGCAAUGUGCUCAACGCCAUGGGCCUUUCCUGCUUUGGGUGGGGGGCUUUCACGACACUUACAGCUGACAAGGGUGGUUUGGAGGGGAAGGAAUGGUUGCGUGGCUGGGCAGUGUUGAUGGCUGUGGUGAUCAUGACGACGAUCCAUGCACAGGACUUCCCUGAUCUGGCAGGCGAUGCGGCGCGGGGAAGAAUCACGAUACCGUUACGAUAUGGCGAGGCAUGGGCGAGAGGCGCUCUCGCUUCGUUCACUCUCCUGUGGUCAGGCAUCUGUCUGACGUAUUGGAAUGUGGACACAACAUUCGUUUGGCUCACGGUCCUAGGCCUGGGGGUGGCAAUCGCAUUCACCACUUUGUUUCGUCAACAGCGACAGGCCGAUGAGGUAGUGUGGAGACUUUGCGGCUUUGGUGAGGCUUUCGUGCGGAAACUCCGUGCUGCCGGCGACAAUGUUAUUGCAACAGGACGCAACGCGGAGAUGAAGCUAGCCCACCUCAAGGAUACUGGCGCGGCGAUUUUCGACCUCGAUGUCUCCGCAGCUCCGGAUGUCAUCAAGGCCAAGAUAGACCAAGCUUGGGAUCUCUACCCGAAUGGCAUUGACGUUGUCGUCAAUAACGCUGGUUAUGUCCUGACUGGCGCGGUUGAAGAGAUCUUGCCAGAGGAGAUGGAGAACAUCUUGAAGACCAACCUGAUGGGACCAUUCAACAUCACUCAGGCAAUCCUUCCCAAGCUGCGUAGCAAAGGGCAGGGGACCCUCUGCUACGUUGGUUCUCAAGCAGGGUGGCAUGGAGAUGCCAGUGCCGGAGGGUAUUGCACGUCCAAGUUUGCCGUGGAAGGAAUGGUCGAGUGCCUCUCGAAAGAGCUUGCACUCAUCGCACCGGGCAUCAAGGUUCUCCUCGUUGAGCCUGGCUAUUGCACCACACGGGCUUUCAGCAAUAUCAACUAUGUACCUUCGCGCGUAUCAGAGUACGCAGCCUUCAAUGCCGGUUCGCGGGCGUACGCAGAGAGCGUUAUCGGGAAUGAGCCUGGCGACAAGGACGUUGCGGUCGAUCGUAUGAUUGAACUGGUCAAGGGCACGGGUAUGGCAGCAGGGAAGACGAUCCCCUUGCGGGUGCCAUUGGGCAGUGAUGGAUGGGGUAAGGUCAAGGCCAAGUGCGAGGAGACCCUACAGAUCUGCGAGGACUGGCGUGAAGUAGCCGCCAGCAUAGAUAUCCCUCGGUCUACCUAG